CAAGUUUCAGUGGAAGAGUGGCUAUUUCUGUCUUUUGGUAUUUGCUUAAUGAUCCUGUUUGAUGGUUUUCCAAAGCAAUUAAGAUACUGUUUUUAUUGGCAUCUUCAAGUAUGCAAAUAUGGAAUAUCUGUUCUGACAUAAAAAAAUUGCAUACAAUCGAGACUGAAGGAAUUCAGAAUUGUUGAAUUGACAUGAUUGAUUGCUUGGCAACGACGCAUCCUUAGACCAUCGCAUUACAUUUCGCAGAUUGAAUGAUUUGAAGCAGCGGUUCCCAAACUUUUUAUUCAUGCGGCGCCUAAUUACUGAAUUAUCAGAGAAAAAACUGAGAAAAAUUGCUGCCUUCAAUCAAAUAAAUCUCAGUUUUGUUAUCGGUGACGAGUACUUAAUGCUUUUUGAAGUUUGUAAAAAUAUGGGCCCAAAGAAUAAAGACAAUGUCAACUCUUCUUGCCUUUGAAAUACUAAAUAAAUCACUCAUGCUUGCUAAACUCGGUAGCCUACCGCACAUAAAUAAACUGCAGCUCAUGAAAUUGCAACAAGUAUUGUCUACCUCUAUUUUAUGUGACAAUAGAGACGGACACAACAUAACAGACAUACAAGUCAAUAACAUAGGAAGAUUUAUGGAGCAUUCAAGACAUGAACGCAGUUGGCUGGGACCAACAAUUUUGUUGUGCAGCUAUGGGUUUUUCACGUAUAUCAAACCAUCAGAACCGUACAUAACUCCAUUUCUUAUGGGUCCGCACAAGAACCUGUCAGCAGAGGAAAUUGUAAAUCAGAUUUAUCCAGUUUGGUCUUACUCUUACACUGUGUUUCUUGUGCCGAUAUUUCUCCUGACGGAUUAUCUGAGAUAUAAGCCAAUCAUUGCUUUGCAGGGUGUUGGAUACAUAGGAUGCUGGCUAUUACUUGUUUUCUCUGGAGGAGUUCCUCUCAUGCAACUUAUGCAGGUGUUCUAUGGUCUCGCAACUGCUUGUGAAAUAGGCUAUUAUUCAUACAUAUACAGCGUUGUUGAUGCCGAGCAUUAUCAGAAAGCAACAUCAUAUGUGAGGAGUUCAACUCAACUAGGCCUUUUUCUCGGAUCCGCACUUUCACAGAUCCUAGUUUCAGUAGCUCAUAUCGAUUAUAUUUAUUUGAAUGUAAUUUCUUUGGUGAAUGUUUCUAUUGGAUUCAUCAUAGCUUUGUUCCUGCCAUUUCCAAAGAGAAGUUUGUAUUUUUAUCGUAAAGCAGAGCCUGUUAAAGCCAGUGUUGCUGAGAAUGUGGACGAAAUCGAUGAAGGUGACAUUACUGUGAUACCGCCAGUUACUGACAAUACUCAACCUGAUUCUGUUGAACAUGAAGCUGAUGUCCAGGAGUUAUCGUCAGCACCUUCAGGAUGUUCUCGUUGGAAAUCUGUAACGUAUCUACUUCUUGAAGACCUCAAACAUUGUUACUCCUCACCUCAACUCUUACGUUGGUCUGUAUGGUGGGCUUUAUCAACUUGUGGUUGGAUUCUCGUGGUUAAUUACAUUCAAAAUUUGUGGGAGUUAAUCUCGCCAAGUCAAGGACAUGAAUCUGAAGUAUACAAUGGUGCAGUAGAGGCUGCUGCUCAGAUUUUGGGUGCUGGAGCUGCUUUUUCUGUUGGUUAUAUGAGGGUUGACUGGAAAAAAUGGGGAGAGAUGUUCUUGGGGUGGGGUUCCGUUAUCAAGUCUGGUCUUCUCCUCAUCAUGUACAUGACAACUGAUAUAUGGAUUUGCUAUGUUGCAUAUAUUAUUUUCAUCGGACUCUACAACUUUGUCAUCACUAUUUCUCAAUUUCAAAUUGCUGUCGGAUUAUCCACUGAACGCUUCGCCUUGGUAUUCGGAAUGAAUACAUUUUUUGCAGUCGUGUUAAACUCAUUGUUGACCUUGAUAAUUGUUGACGAUGCUGUAUUGGGACUGGAUGCCAAAACUCAAUUUGUUAUUUAUAGUGGUUACUUCGGUGUCAUUGCCAUCACAUACUUGAGUCAUGGCAUCUAUGAUUUAUGCUGUAAAUCAAGACAAGCUACAGACGAGGAACCAGUUUUCAGUGAAGAAAUCGAAGAUCGACUAUUGUCAGCAACCGAUUAACCAGCAAAAAUACUUUAAAGAGAGGUUAUGGCCAAAUGUUUGGGGUGCAAAGAUCUGCUUACCAAAAUGUAGGUAUGGCCAACUAUGCUCUGAACAGAAAACCAUAUAUUGGCAAAGGGUUGACUUCAAAUUCAAAAGUAACCGUCAGUAUCACCACUUUAGCAUUAUUGCAAUGCUCAUCCACCAAGUGUUCUUUUUGUAUAUUCCAGAAGCCCAACCUUAUGAACUUUUGAUUGAAAGGACCAUGUGCAAUAUUAUUCAGAUCCAUAAAUAAUAAAUUCCUCAUGGGGUGUGUUACUAGCUCGCUAAGAGCUAAGUCCUAUAGCACAUUUUUUACUCUAGAUUUUUGAGACCAUAUAUGAUUAUUUUAUUGAUUACCUUUGAAAAUAACCGUCAGUAUCACCAAAUCAGCACUAUUGCCAUGCUCAUUUACCUAGUGUUUUUCUUAUUCAUCCCAAAACCCCAACUCUAUGAACUAUUGAAAGGAUCAUGUGCAAUAUUAUUUCAAAUAUUAAAUGCUCGCUUUGAGCGAAGUCGUAAUGCACAUUUAUUCCCAUUUUUUUUUUCUUUAGACAAUAUCUGAUGAUUUUAUUGUUUACAUAAUCUGUGAUCGAUUUGUUGCAACGUACUAGUAGAAUUGCCAAAUUGUCAUCUCUGUUUUUCUUAUCUUGUUAUUAGAAUGUGUUUGGUAGCAGUGAUUGUUUGUCAAUAGAAUGUUUAGUCCAACGUUUCCCAACUGGAACUCUUUUGGGGAUGAAUUUUGCUUUGUAUUCGUUGUAGUGUUACCGAUAUUCUUCAGUUUUUAUUAUUACUGUAAUCCUUAACGGUAUUUAUGAACACGUUUUUUGCGCAUAACACAAGCAAAGUAUACAGUUUAUCCACGCUGCGGAAAGAAAGAGUUUCAACAAAGGCAAAGUGAGGAAUUGAACAUAAAAGGUUGGAACCAACUGACCAAGGCCAAACACCUUUAUAAUAUAUUGAUAGUUCGUUAAUGUCUUUGUCAUUUGCUCGGUGUUUUGUGGAAUUUUAAUCCAUCGAUUGCUACUGGAAUUGUUACAACCUAUCUCGUGAAUAUACAAACGGUUUAGGUGUUUUGCGUUGAUGCUUUUUCUGAUCUACAUAUUUUGGAGAUUAAUAAGCUUGUAUUAUGUUUUUGUCUCUUGCCUAAUAAUAAAGAAUCAACACUUUGAACUCUGAAAUCAUGAAGUUAUCCAAUUGGAUAUGUCAGCAAUUAGCCAUUAUCAACGAUAUCGUGGGUAGAUAAAACAAGAGCGCGAUGCUCGGAUAUAAAGACACUGAUGGCAAAACAAUACCGGUAUUUGAUUAUCAAUUCGCCGUGAAUCGUGUGUGUUACGGUAACUUAUCUGUGGCUGUAGGCCUGUUUAUUAUUUGCUGUUAUUGUUUAUUUCUGAAAUAUCUGGUUUGUUGAGAACUGAUUGAUUUCAUGAACGGAAA